GACAUAUCCUCCGUUGGCUCUGGGGCUUCUCAACAAAGAUCCCCAGAAUAGAAGUUGAACAAAAUCGAGUGAUGUCAUAAACGCGAACACAACCCAAACAACGACAAAACAUCUAAUCUUAACCACGAACCACGAUGUCUGACGGCCCGCGGCGCUCUGCGCGUAAACCCAAGCCGGUACAGCGGGAAGAGCCCGAGCCCGCAUUGCCCGCAAAGCGCAAAGCGAAAGCCGCUCCCAACCUGGAUCCUGCGAAGCAGCUGCAAUUCCUGCUCGAAAACUCGCGCAGCAAGCUGACGAAGAUCGACCUUUCCGUGUGUCUCUUUCUACAAACGAAAUGAUUCGCAUUUUAGCGGUGCUGAACAGUCUUGGCAUAGCAAAUCGUGAACGGAGAGUCCUGGGAUAUGCUGACACCGGAGGCACGUGCCAAGCUCGUUCAGCUGUUGCCGCAGACGGCGCUCCUGCCAUCAUCCGAGUCGGACGGACCCGAGAGAUUGGAUCCCGCAUUCUUCAGCGACGCGCAUUUCCUGGCGGCGUGCAGGACCUUCCAGGACCAUCUGUACUCGAACUGGUUCUCUGAGGCGCAGAUCGCCAAGGUGAAGAGGUAUGAGGAGGGGGUGAGAGACGGGACGUUGUCUGCGCCCUGGAAGGACGAGGUGUGGGAGGAAGAGAACCGGAGGGAAGGCCCUUCAAGUACACUCGCAGGCGAUGCGGCCGAGUUCAAACUCGUGGAUCUCGUGAAGAGCGGGGUCUUGAAGGCAGGCGACGUGCUCGUGUACAAGCGCAAAUUCACGGCCCUGCGUGUCACCGUCGAAAAGGAUGUUCUGGCAUGUCUUUUUCUCUUAAUCUGCGCGACUGAUCUGCGCCUCGCUGAAUGCCCUCAAUACUCAGAUCCACAGCAUUGAUAAGGGCACACACAACUUGACAGUUUUAUUGGAGUCCGGCACGACGCGGGAUCUGAGUCAGCAUCUGCUCAUGCCCGGCGCGGCCGAGCCUCAGGCCGACUCGACACGCGAAAUGACCAUCGCCAGCCCGACCCAGCUCGAAAGCGGGAUACUGGAUGUGGACGGUAGAGUCGGGCGAGCCCAGCGGCCCAAUGGGAAUGCAUGGAAAGCACUGUCCGUGUGGAGAUGGGCGGGGGACAGUUGGCAGAUGGAAGUGGCUGCCAGUGAUCGUGGUGGGCGGCAGGACCACGGGACAUUGUUCUACUUGCGUGCGUGCCAUUAUCAAGAUAGAUAGAUACUUGUACACGCAGACUUGAUCGCCGCCGACAUUGGAGGCUCUCCUUAUCCUCGGAUCGACCGCCUCACAAAAGACGCCGACUGCUUAUUGUGCCAUGUGUUCGGCUAUUGAUCGAGUCAUUUAUAGAGCUGCCUUGAAUCUCGACCGUUCACUUGCGCCUUGGGCGGCUGCCGGCUAUGUCUGUCUCUCCCCCGAUUCGUCGUCUCUCCACAGGCUCGGCGACCAAGGAAGAGCUCAUCAACGCCUACGAGGCUGAGGAAGAGCGCAUCACCAACGUGCUGUACAAAAGGCUAGAGCAGCUCAAGGAAGAGAAGAUCGAGCUCGAAAACACACUAGAGGCCGAAUCCGAGUCGCAUGUGAACCGACUGACGAGAGAGCUCGCUGCCCUGCGCGCGGACCGCCAACAGCCGUCGAGCUCGGCACUUCCGCUGUCACCGGCCGACCCAUCGACGGACGCUAUGAUCGCUACCCUGCAGCGGGAGAACGAGAUGCUGCGCUCGAGGCUCGCGGACAUGGAGAGAGAGAACGUGCAUAGCUCGCGGCUGAGCGAAGUUUAUCGGGAGGAACUCAUAGAACAUCGGACUCGGCUGGGGCUUCCCGUGGACCACCUGGUCAGUCCCGCCGAUCCCUUCUCUGAGCCAACGCACCAGCGGCCCCCAUCCGCGACAUCGUCGGCGUUCUCCUCCAGCACCUCGUCCCCCACCAAUUCCGUCUUCCGCUACUCGCGGCCGUCAAACGGGGUGCCCAUCCCUCGACCGGCGUCACAAUUUCGGCGGCAGGACAGCCACGACACAUCGGAUGUGUCCACGCCUCUUUCCCAUUCGCCGUCGUCCGCCUCCGACGUGUUCUCGGGCUUCUCGUCGUCCUCCUCCGCGAACGCCGUCAGCGCGAGCUUCGCCAGCGUCAACAGCGCGCUGACGAGCCCCCCGACGUCGUUCAACCCCAACGCCGUCACGUUCGCCGUCCCGUCGCGCGGGCUGACGUACCCCUCCGUGCCCCCGCCGUCGCUGUCGUCGUCCUUCGGGUCCCCGACCGUGUCGUACCACAUGCAGCAGCACCGCGACCCGCUGCACUCGCCCGUCGAGCCGCCGAGCCGCCGCAGCUCGGUCCGCCGCGGCGCGCGCGUCGUCGAGUCGGGCAGCCUCCGCGGGACGAGCCGCAGUCUGAGCCAGGGCCGCAGCGUGGAGCGCGGGGGACGGGUGGCGGAGACGGGGCAGCUGGUGCCGCGGAGCCAUGCGGAGGGACACACGCUGGCCUCCACGACCGAGGUGGACGGCAUCGAGGUGGACGGCAUCGAUGAGUGACGACGCGCGGUGGGUCGGUCUGCUCCUUCUCUGCGCUGGGCUUUCUCAACAAAUGUACUGUAUAUUCAAUAAUUCUCUCGUAGACCGUCCUGUACUUUUAGUUAAUCGACCGCCGCCACUUCACCCCUGGAUUCGUAGGGACUUCACCCAUUUGGGAUGUGGCGGUGCCACCUCGUGGUGAUUGAUGGGGAUGAUGAUGGGGGUAGCACAUGGCCGCGGAGUCUGAAAAAAUGACUCCCUAUAAAGCCCGCUUUGAUCCCGAAUUGAAAUUUGCUUCUGACCAUGUCUUACUUCCAAGGCCAAGGUGGUCAAUAUACCGAUGAUUAUGUAUCACAGUCUCCGAGAGAGCAGCCGCCGCCCUUCCCGCAGUGGGAGCAGCAGCAGCAGCAGCAGCAGCAUCAACAACAAGACCAGCAUUCCCAAGACCCGACAUCCCAGCAGCAUACGACGCUUGAGCAUCAUCAUGUUAGCCCCCAGCACGCCAGUACACCGUUGUCUAUUCCGCCUCCGCCAUUACCAGUAUACCACCCAUUGGACGACCCGACUCAGCUAGUAGUGCCCAGCCACGUCCCAGGACGCGGGACGCACGAUCCCACGCCUAUCCGGCUUAUCCCGGCCCAGCGCUCACCGCCAGUAGAAAUCAAACCUAUCAUGCUACAGGUCGACACCACCGCCACCACCACCGCCCGCUCGACAGCAGCGCCCAGUGCACGGCCGGCCUCGCGCGCGCGCGCGCACCAGUACCACCCGUAUACCCGCCCCUCGAGCGCGAUGGGUCUCCGGCGCGACGCGGAGGCGCAGCAGCAGCACCACCACCACAUUCGGUUCGCGAGCCAGGCGAGUACCCCGCAGACGCUCUCUGGAUCGGCGAUGCCCUCGCCCGUGAUGACGCGGCAGACCUUCCCGUCGCCGCCUGCCGUCAGCGAUUACGGCCAGCAGGGUCCAUCGUCGUCGUCGGUGCUGUUCGUCGCUGGAUCGCCGCAGGACGGGGGAGGGGGUGUCUUCACACCGUACGUCUCGGCCGCGCCUGCCGUCCUCCCGGACGACAAGCGGUACAUCAUCCGCGCGGACACGCACUACGACUCGGACCGGCGCAUGCUCGUCGCGCUGCUCGAGCUGCCCGGCGUGAAGCGGCACGACGUGCGGGUGUGCAUCACGACGACGCUGUUCAACCGCGUGCGGCAGGUGACCGUGCACGGGCACUCGCGCGCGCCGUUUCCGGUAACCUCGACGGCGGCCAUCCGCGAGCGCAAGUACGGGCGCUUCAGCCGGUCGUUCCCCGUGCCGCCCGAUACCAGGGCGGACGACAUUGUAGCGGCGAUGGAGGAUGGGGUUCUUACUUUGAAAAUAUCAUGUGGCCUGCCGGCUGCUUCAGCUGAUGAGCAUGAGAUACCCAUUCGAUGAGAGCGCCUGAAGACGACAAGGACAACAUCCGUCUGAGCAUCGCGGUAACAGACAGCAUCCUAAUUUAUCACUAUCCCCCCCGGCCUAUUCUCCCGACAUAUGUCUAUCCAGCAACCAACACCGACAGAACGAAACGAACAAUGUAUAUCCAGUCUAAGUACAUUCCACCCCGCGUAUAAUUUCUUGUUGUGCUACCGACCCUUUCGCCACCCGCCGCGCUCUCCGCCGCGCUCGAACCGAAUCGUACAGUAUGCAGCACAUUUCUUUUCUUGGCACACCGCAGUCUUGCUUUCCCGCAGAGUCAUGUCAUGUACAUAGAUAGAUACCGAGGCUAGCGUCGACUUUGCAGCAAAUGUAUACCAUCCUCUUCUUGGCUGCCCUCGUCGCAUGACUUUUUCAAUGUGAUUUAAGCGCGUGUGUCACAUUCACGUGCCGACGUGACGGCUGUUCCGUACUCUACCGGGAAGUGUGGCCCCGGUGAGUUGGGAUAGGUCUGAGUGCGAGCACUGCAGCGUCGAUCCGAUUGUUGAAGCAUCUGCGACGAAUGAUAGGGUAUGCCGCGCAGUAGGUCGAUAUUCAAUCGUGGCUAAGCGUCCUUGGCAGUCGCCUGUCGUCUCCAGUCCCUUGUUGUUUCUUUGCGGUUGAAGAAUGCAGCUACUUUGAUGCUG